AUGCAACUCUGCAGAGGACGUAUGCUGGGGAUCAUAGUGGCAGUAGCCCAUGGAGUGUUCUCUGGUUCCCUGAAUAUAUUGUUGAAGUUUCUGAUCACCAGAUACCAGUUCACCUUCCUGACCCUAGUACAAUGUAUGACCAGCACCACUGCUGCAUUAACUCUGGAGAUUCUCAGGCGCUGUGGGAAGAUCUCUGUGCCCCCCUAUGAACUUAGCCUGGCUCGCACCUUUGCUGGGGUAAUCAUUCUGUCCACCUUGCAGUCUAGUCUGACGCUGUGGUCCUUAAGGGGACUCAGUCUUCCCAUGUAUGUUGUUUUCAAACGAUGUCUGCCUUUGGUCACUCUGCUCAUUGGAGUGUUGGUCCUCAGGAAUGGAAUCCCCUCUGCAGGGGUACUGGUGGCUGUGGUCAUAACCACCUGUGGGGCUGCUAUGGCAGGGGCUGGUGACCUCAGUGGGGAGCCUAUUGGAUACAUAACAGGAGUGUUGGCUGUACUUGUUCAUGCGGCUUACUUAGUAAUUAUUCAGAAGACGAGUACGGAUCAUGACCAUGGACCUCUUACGGCUCAGUAUGUCAUUGCCAUCACAGCUACUCCUGUCCUCAUUAUUUGCUCUUUUGCCAGCAUGGACAUGAUCAAUGCAUGGUCUUACCCAGGUUGGAAGGACCCAGCCAUGGUAUGCACUUUUAUUGCAUGCACCUUAAUUGGUUGUGCAAUGAACUUUACCACUCUGCAUUGUACUUAUAUAAACUCAGCAGUCACCACCAGUUUUGUUGGAGUAGUGAAGAGUAUUGCCACUAUCACAGUAGGCAUGUGUGCUUUCAGUGAUGUAGAACCCACAUCCCUUUUCAUUGCCGGAGUCGUUGUUAAUACAUUUGGUUCUAUUGUUUAUUGUGUGGCUAAAUAUAUUGAGACCAGAAGACAAAUAAACUAUGAGGACUUGGAAAAGGAGUCUAUAAAAGAUGACAAGGUAGAACAAGAUGAAGACCAUCAACCAUUUGCAAUGGAAGAGAUUUUACAAGAUAAAAAUGUUGAAGGACAAGCACAAGAACAGUCAACAGACAAUCAUUUGCAGGAAAACAGUGAGGACAACACAGGAAGCUCUCUAAAGAAAGUCUUGCAAUCAAGUGGUCCACCAAACUCUUGUCCUAAUGGUGAGAGCAAGAGUUUAUUAAAGGAUGGAUACCUUGGAGUAUGGAGGAUGGUUAGAGGUGUUAGAUUUUUAAAGAAAGAUUAUCUUAUAGAAAAUGAAGAAUUACCAAGUCCUUAA